CUCUUUGUACCUGUGAAUUAACCAAAACCAAUACCUGCCAUUAUUUUUUUUCCCGAAACAUUAUCAAGAUGCAGGCAGCUUUGAGCAUUGCACCUCCUGUUUUCCCUGUAAAACCCUCCAAGAACUUGUCACAAGUGAUAUUAUCUCCACCACAGUUGGGCGCUUCAUCUCUUGCUCCUCGUGCCUCUCCAAUCAAAGCAGCAUAUGCUACUGUCGCUUAUGACACAUCCACAGUUGAUUACAGCUCUGUCAUCUCUGUGUUUCCAGCAGAGGCUUGUGAAACCCUAGGUGGAGAUGCAUGUUUGGCAAACAUAUUUCCUGAAGUAAAGCUUGAGGCUAGAAACGACGCAGCAGCCGCUAGAAUUGCUUCAGAGCCCAUUGAAAGAGAGUAUCUUGAAUACAAUGAUGCAAAGACGGUUUUCUGCGCAGAGGCUUGUGAUGAUCUCGGAGGAGAAUUCUGUAGCCGUGAGUAUCAGAGAGGAGUGUACUAGAAUUUGAAGAUAGAUAUGUCCAGGAAAUCUAGGACUUUAAGAUAAACGCUUAUUUUGCUUUGAAUGUAUAUAUAUAUAUACAUCAAGCUAUUUCCCAUGCUUGACUAUGUAAUAUAAUUGCGCACGAAUUCAGUAAUAAUGAUAUCUGCGAACACUUAUAUAACUAA